CGACGCGUUGUCUGACUGACCGGUGUAUCACGCCUGCUGCGCCCCUUGCCUUUGUGCCGCCAGCUCAUGUCCCUCCCUCCUCCCUGCCCGCCCUGACGCCGCCCCUCUCCCGCCUCCCGUGCAUGUCGCCCCGCCCCGACGAUAUGGCCACACAACCCGCCCAGACGCUCCCGUCCUUCACCCAGGCGUUCAGCUCCCCCUCGCUCAGCAGAUUGACGUCAAGCAACAACGUGCUGCCGCCUAUCCACAGACUAGCGUCUCCCAAUGACCGCGCUCGCCAGUCCCCGUCAGGCGGCGGAUCGCCCCAGCAACUCGCCGACCGCAAGCACAAUCACAGAAAGCGUCUCCAUGCAGAGUCCUCGUCCGGCGAGGCGCGUGAUGACGAGUCGGGUUCCGAUGGGCACCGAUCUCCCCGGGCGGUCCGAAUAAAGGAGGAGGCUGAUCACGACGCCCCGGUGCAAACGCCCGCUGCUCUACGCGCCGAAUCCUCAUCGAAGGCUGCUCGGGAGCCCGCCGCCGUCGCGUCGCCGCCAGAGGCGCGAGCCCCGCCCCAGAAGCGGCGGCGAGUCACCAUCAGCGGUGGGUCGAAUUCGAUCAACACCAAUGUCUCGUCUCCUGCAUCGGACAACAUCAAGAGCAUGUCUCCCGUCUUCAUGGGCUUCACCGUCGGCCGCGACGACCCGCAGGCCCUCGAGCAGAUGCGCUCGAUGCUCACGGUGAAGCAGAAACAAAAGGAGCUCAUCGAACAAAGAAGAGGUAGCACCGCCUCUAUUAUGUCCACUGCCCCACCCAGCGUCAACAUCGUCAACCCGCUCGAGCAUGAGGACGAGCGUGACGCACGGGUGCCACCCAAGGCUCAGGCGCAGGCGGGCCAAAGCACUAGCAUCAGUGCCAGUACCAGUGGUAAACCGGGCGGCCGCAGUCCAAAUAUACCGCAAUCCCAGCUCGCCGCGGAUCGUCGUCGUUCCGUCGCUGCGACGACUGCCCCCGCGUCGUCCCAGAAUCACCUGGCCCAUCCACAUCCACCUCAUCCACCCCAUUCGUCGCAUCCGAGCACGUCGAGCAUGCGUCAUGACAGCCCGGGCACGCUUAUCGCCGCUCACUCACAGUCUCAACAGCAGCAGCAGCUCCCACCACCGCCGCCCCGCCCGGAGAACCCGACCUUCGUGCAUACCACGACCUCCACUGUGGCCCCGCACCACACGCUCCCCGCGCCCCCGAUCAGCUUCGCGAACCGACGCGCCGGCCGGGGGCUCGGAGGGGCGAAGGGCAAGCCCGCCGAUAUCAUGAUCAACCCCCGAGCCAGCCACCCAGAAAACCAGCCCGCGAUCCAGAGUGCGCCGCCGAUGCCGCGGACGGACCCGACUGGUAGGUUUGGCACGAUGGCGGUCCCGAGCUUACCGCAGAUGAGCGCGACUGUGCAUCGACAUGCUGCGAGCCGAGUACCGCCCACCCCUACACGGUUGACUGUCUCGCGCAAUCCUGGCCCGAGUAACUUGGGACCGGGGGCGGCUGCAGCUGCAGGUCGCUCACCACAGAACGCGUCGGUCCCCAUCGCGAGCUCGCUUGUCCCCCCUACACCGGCGACGCUGCACCACCCGAACUACUCGAGCGAGAAGUCCGCGUUCCUCUCUCCUUUCGAGCUGUUCUACGACGCGCUCGCAGACUCGAAGCAGCUCAAGAACUGGCUCGCGGAACAGAUGCAGAAGAGCCAGGCACUCUCCGCGAGUCUGCAGCGUCAGCAGGAGCAGUUCGAUGAGCUCGUCGAGGCUGCGGUGGAGAAGCGUAUGGGCGGGAUGCGCGAGGAGAUGUACGCGCUGCACCAGCGAGUCGAGGAGCUCGAGCAGGCGCUCCGCGGGCGCGUGGUGGUCCCGAGCCAGAGCUACAGCCCGCUGACAGGCUCGGUCACGCUGAAGGGGAAGGGGAAGGCGAACGGGAUGGCGGCAGCCGCGCAGGAGAGCUAUACGUUCCCGCCCGUGGACCCGCACAUGCGCCGCCCGGAGCCGGUCAGGCGGGUGGCUUCCCCGGAGUACGAUAGCAGGAGCUAUCCCGGGUCGGAGGCUGCGUCGCCUGCGCCGUUUGACGUCGGCAGGCGGCUCUCGGUGAGCGCUGUGCGCAUGGCGCCGCGCUCGCCCCCGGAGCCUCCGCACGCGCGCAAGACACUGGCUGUGCACCCGACGGCGAGGGAGCGCGAGCUGUCGGGUCCGGGUUAUCCCCCGCCCCCGCACGCGCAUCCUGGGGGGUAUCAUAAGGACCGAGAUAGGGAUAUACGCGCGCCGAAGGCUACGACGAGCCUGUCGCAAUCUACGUCGCGCGGCUCUGUCACGCAUCUGCACCCCUCGAACGAGGAUGCCAGUCCGGAAAGGCGGUCGGCUGCGUAUCGGCAUCGUGCGGAACGGCGGGGGUCGCCUGGUUCGAGCGACGAGCGGGCUGAGGGCGCGCAUCCCCCGGGGAAACGCGAUCAGGUGUACCAGAGCCCGCCGCGGAGCCGCGUGCGGUCGCCGAUGGACGACAGCUGAUGGACGAGGGUGCCGUCCCGACACACGACCCGACCAACACGAAGGUGACGUUUUGUUCUCGAAGAGCCUGCGCGCGCGCGACGGACUCAGUCUGGGGCUUGUGGUGUUCAGGCUGCUGUUGCGUCUCAUCAAAGGGCAAGUGUAGUAUAGUCAUGUAUCUUCCUUCCUUCCUCACUCCUCGCUGCUGCUUCUUGCGCCGUCACCCCGAUUCAGAGGCCCGAAACAAACUGAUUCCCGUCCUUACUCAUGAACUGCUCC